CUGAAAGUCAACGAAUUUCAACUAACCAAACUAUUUGACUUUGAUCCUUGCUUUUAGCUUUGCUUCUCAUCAUACAUUCAUAAUCAUCAUUAAGCAGAUUAAUACUACAAAUUAAUCUUAAUUAUGCCAGCUUUAAUCCUAUUAAUUCACUUCCUACUAAUUCUUCUCACCAUCAUAACACCAGCCAACUCUCUAAACACACAUUUUCCAAUCAAAGAAGCUACUAUAAAUGAUCUCCAAACUGCCUUCCAUCACAACAAACUUACCUCAAAAAAACUAGUACAGUUCUACUUGCAACAAAUUCAAAAACUCAACCCGAUUCUUAGAGCUGUCAUCGAGGUAAACCCGGAUGCUCUUAAGCAGGCCGAGGAGGCUGAUAGAAGGAGGGCGAUAGCAAGGAAGUGUCACUCAGUCGAAGGUCCAGGGCUUGAUGGGAUACCGAUAUUGCUCAAGGACAAUAUUGGUACAAAAGAUAAGCUGAAUACAACUGCAGGAUCAUAUGCAUUGUUGGGUUCAGUUGUUCCUAGGGAUGCCGGAGUUGUCAAGAGGCUAAGGAAGGCUGGCGCUAUCAUUCUUGGGAAGGCUAGCUUGAGUGAAUGGUGCCAUUUUAGGUCCUUUACCGCGCCUAAUGGGUGGUGUGCCAGAAUCGGCCAAGGCCAGAACCCUUACAAUCUCUCAGCAGAUCCUUGUGGCUCAAGUAGUGGACCAGCUAUAGCAGUAGCAGCAAACUUGGCAGCCGCUACUCUUGGGACCGAGACAGAUGGCUCCAUCCUAUGUCCUUCCAGCACCAAUUCAGUCGUAGGCAUCAAACCCACUCUCGGUCUCACUAGUCGUGGUGGCGUUAUACCAAUUAGUCCUACACAAGAUACAGUUGGGCCUAUCUGCAGGACUGUGGCAGAUGCAGCUUAUGUUUUGGAAUCCAUUGUAGGCUAUGAUCCUUAUGACUACGAAGCGACAAUGACUGCUAGAAAAUACAUACCACAAGGCAGCUAUGCUCAGUUUCUAAAGCUUGAUGGUCUAAAGGGGAAGAGGUUAGGAAUUGUAAGAAAUCCCUUUUUUGAACUUAUCAAAGAGUUUCCUGUACAAAACACAGCAUAUAAACAGCAUUUUCAUACUCUAAGUAAACAAGGAGCAGUAUUAGUUGAUGAUUUGGAAAUACCCAACAUUGAAGCUAUUCUGUCACAAGACCUGUCACAUAAUAAUGAGCUUAUUGUGAUGCUAGCUGAGUUCAAAUCGUCGUUAAAUUCCUACUUAAAACAACUAACUAAGUCUCCAGUUCGAUCUUUGGCCGAUAUAAUAGCAUUCAACAACCACAAUGCUGAAAAGGAAAUGAUCAAAGAAUAUGGUCAAGAAGUAUUUCUUUUUGCUGAAGCAACAAAUGGGUUUGGAUCCAAAGAGGAGAAAGCCUUGGCAACAUUAGCAAAAUGGUCGAGAAACGGGUUUGAGAAGAUCAUGGCAGAACACAAUUUAGAUGCAAUUAUAACACCUGGUUCGUCGUUUUCAACUGUUCUUGCCAUUGGAGGAUACCCAGGAAUUAGCGUUCCUGCAGGAUAUGAUAAAGACGGUGUGCCAUUUGGUAUAUGCUUUGGAGGCUUAAAGGGUACAGAACCUAAGCUUAUUGAGAUAGCCUAUGGUUUUGAACAAGCUACACAAAUUAGAAAGCCUCCUACACUUUGAUGGGUCCUAAAGUUGUCUUUACUAAUGUGUUUUUACAAUUUGGUUUCCAAAGCUAGAUUCAACUACAUAUUCUCAAGGAACUUCGAUUUUUGAUGUUAUUUUUAUGUCAACCAAACAAGUACUAAGAUGUGCAACUUCAGCAAAGCGGCUACUCUGAAAAGUCUCAAGGAAACAGUAAGGAUACAACAAUGCAUUCCACUC